AGGCUGGCCCCCAACGCCACGUCUCCCCUGCUUCCAAGGUUACAAACCUGGAAUCGUGUGUUCGAAAGGAAGUAUCAGGAGUUGUGUCAUGGUACACAGCCAGCACACAUGCUGCAGAAUCAGGGGUUGAAAAGGACAUGCGACGUGCUCCCCUGUCGUUUAGUAAGUAAUAAAGCGAAAUACAGGCGGUAUGCCAAAACUUACCCUGUCUUAGAUGGACGUAUCCUGUCAGUGUAUCGACAUGUGUUUGAAGAAAAUUUAAGGAACAGUGAGGCUGUUAUUAAAAGAUACUCAGAAUUGCUAGAGGUGGCCAGUAAAGGAGGGGGAGAAGAUGCCAUCUUGCGUCACACUCAGAGAAACAAGAAGCUGUUUGUUCGUGAACGCCUGAAGUUGCUACUUGAUGAUGAGUCUUUUCUUGAGCUGUCUCCACUGGCAGGCCUCAAUAUGCCGUAUGGUGAUGUCCCUGCUGCUGGGUGCCUUACUGGAAUUGGCAAAGUCUGUGGGGUCUGGUGUGUCUUCAUAGCAAAUGAUGCAACUGUAAAAGGAGGAACUAUUUAUCCCAUUGGAGUGAAGAAACAAUUAAGAGCUCAAGAAAUAGCGAUGCAGAACAGACUGUUAUCUGUGCACCUUGUUGACAGUGGGGGAGCAUUCCUACCACUACAGUCAGAGCUGUUUCCUGACAAGUCACACGGUGGCAGAGUUUUCUACAAUGAAGCAAUAAUGUCUGCCAUGAGAAUCCCUCAGGUGGCAGUGGUGUGUGGCUCCUGUGUAGCUGGAGGUGCCUAUGUUCCAACCAUGGCAGAAGAAGCUGUCAUCAUAGAUAAAAUUGGUACACUGUUCCUUGCUGGCCCACCUCUGGUAAGAGCUGCUACAGGAGAAUAUGUCUCUCCAGAGGACCUAGGAGGAGCUAAACUUCACUCUAGAGUCAGUGGCUGUAGUGACCAUUUUGCAUCUUCAGAAAAGGAAGCCUAUGAAUGUAUUCGAAAUGUUAUCUCGACAUUAAAUUAUGAUCCUGUGCCAGAGGAGGUCAUAGAGCAUGACAGUCCUCUGUAUAGUUCUGAUGAGCUCUUGGGACUGGCACCGCAAGAUUAUAGGUGUACUCUUCCUGUGAAAUUGAUUCUGAGCCGUCUGAUGGAUGGAAGCAGAUUCCAGGAAUUCAAGGCUAAUUAUGGAACAACACUAGUAACAGGAUUUGGCCAUGUGGAAGGGCACUUGGUGGGGAUAGUGGCUAACAAUGGAGAGCUGUCUCAUGAUGCUUCUCUCAAGGGUAGCCAUUUCGUACAGCUGUGCAGUCAGCGGAGCAUUCCCAUCCUCUUUUUCCAAAAUACUGCUCCACAUACAGCAGAGCCAACAAGCAUCUCUCAGGCAGAGGCUCACUCCAACAGAUUAAAAGCCCAGGCCUCCAUGAUGGCUGCUGUUGCUUGUGCUGCUGUUCCCAAAAUAACCAUAGUAAUCGGUGGCUGUUACGGGAGCGAAAGUUACGUUAUGUGUGGGAGAUCGUUCAGUCCAAACUUUCUGUUCUUGUGGCCUAAUGCAAGAGUUGCUCUUGUGGAUUCAAGACAUUUCUACACAGUCUCGCAAGCUGGGGACAAUGACUGUACAGGAGAUGAAUCAGAGCUAAAAUAUCUGAGAGAAAAGCUAGAGGAAGAAAGCAGUGCAUUUUACUCCUCUGCCAGACUCUGGGAUGAUGGUGUAAUUCUACCUCAAAAUACUAGAAAGGUAAUUGCACAGUGCUUAGAGAUUAUAGAACAGCAGAAGUACCAGAUCGUAUCUCCGUGUCAAUAUCCUGUCAUCAGAAUGUGACUGCAGCCAUUUUCAAAUAAUCAGCCUUUUAAAGUUAGCACCAUGUACUAGAAAUCUUGAAUGUAAAUGAUUUUCUAACUCUUUGAUACCGUUAAUAAAAAUGUUAAACCAUUGCAGACAAA